AUGGCGUUCACGCAGGCUGCCAAUUUGGUAGAAAAGGCGCUCGGCCACGAUAACAAUGCAUCAAUCACGACAGACGUGAGCAACUAUGACAAUGAGCAUGGAAUGGAGACUGGAGACUUAAUUCAAGCGACGAUCUGGGAUGGCAAGAACCAGGUCAAACUUGUCAAAAUGCCCAUGCCUAGAGUUGCCGAUCCGGGUGAUGUGAUCGUCAAGGUAACGGGUAGCACCAUCUGUGGUAGCGAUCUCCAUUUGUAUCAUGGUGUCAUUCCGCAGCUGCAGAAAGGGGAUGUACUCGGCCACGAAUGCUGUGGUGUGGUCGAGAGUGUAGGGCCUGAGGCCGAUAAGGUCAAAGUCGGCGACCGAGUGGUGGUGUCGUUCCCCAUCGCGUGCGGUGACUGCGGAAACUGCCAGAAAGAGCUCUUCUCGCAAUGCGAAAGGACCAAUGAAAACACCAUUGAGAAUGUACUCUAUGGAAAACGGACAGCUGGUAUGUUUGGGUAUUCGCAUUUCACGGGCGGCUUCGCCGGUGGCCAAGCCGAGUUUAUUCGGGUGCCUUAUGGCAAUGUGAAUCUGCUUCCGAUUCCCGAUGAUGUCCCCGACGAGAAGGCUCUGUUCUUGUCUGAUGUUUUGGCAACGUCUUGGCACUGUGUGGUGGACACUGGUGUCAAGAAAGGCGACGUGGUUGCCAUCUGGGGCUCAGGACCCAUUGGCCAAAUGUGUGCCCAAUUCAGCUUCUUCCAUGGUGCCGAUCGUGUCAUCAUGAUCGAUGGUGGCAAUGGCGCCUGGCGACUGGACUAUGUGAAAACCAAAGUACCCAAGGUCGAGACCCUUGACUUCACAAAUCUUCCGAAAGGCGAAUCCGUCACAUCACAACUCAAGAAGAUGGUUCAUGGUGGACCCGAUGUUGCCCUGGAGUGCGCAGCAGGCGAGUAUGCAAAGGGAUGGAUGCACUACUUUGAGCAGAUGCUGGGAAUGGAGACUGAUAGUUCAGAGAUCCUUAACGAGAUGAUCACAUCAGUCCGAUCGUUCGGACGGGUGGGCGUAACUGGCAUUUACGCAGCAUAUACCAAUCACUUCAACAUCGGAGCCUUGAUGGAGACUGGAGUACGCUUGAUUGGAAACGGACAAGCCCCCGUGCACAAAUACUGGAAACAAUUGAUGGAGCUCAUCCAGAGUGGGCAACUUAACCCGUUAGACAUGGUGACUCACCGUGUGCGCCUUGAGGAUAUGGAAAAAGUAUACGCUGCAUUUGAUAAACGUGAUCAGGGGAUGCAGAAGAUCUUCGUGCAGACCAGACACUCUGCUCCCCCCUCAGAUGGCGCGCCGAAAUUGACGGUGAUGUGA